UAACGACAAAAUACAACUAGCUGCUUGUUCCUGUUUUUCAUUUUUCAAUUCAAUGUCUUCUGGUCUGUAUUCAUUUGAAACCACUUUCCAAGCACAUUCAAGCUCAGACAUGGUCACUGCUGAUGGAGGAGACCUUGCUUUUCUCACUGACCCUUUUCCUUUCUUCGAAAACAGCACUACUAAUAAUGAUAUUGGUCAACACUGUUCGAGCAACCAAAGCAUGUUCGAUGAGGCUCUUUCUUCUUCUUCUGUUGACCCUUUUUCAUCUUGCUUCUUUUCUUUCUCUCCUCCAAGUAUUCACUUAGAAAACCUUAGCCUUCAGACCAACAACAAGAACAACCGUGUUGAUCCCAAUUUGGAGAGUGACUUUGCAAGUUUCUCAUCGGGUUUUGAUGUGACACAAGUAGUGAAGAGUGAGGAGUGCCAAAUCGGUGUUGAAUUUGAUUAUGGAUAUAAUAAUCAUAAUCACCAACACUUUUUUCCCCACAGUUAUAGCGGUGCUGAGAAUGUGGCAAAAUACAUGCAGAGGAGUUUCAGCAGCAACUCCUUUCAUGGCAAACCUGGCAAUUUUCUGUUCCAAAAUAAUCACUCUGACACACUGAACAACAACAAUAAUAAUAACAACAUGAAAUCUCCAAGUUUUCAAAGGCAUGAUAUGAAUUCACCUGAAAACAGUGCCUUCAAUGGACAAAUGAGGAGGGUGUGCAGCACUGGAGAUUUGCAGAAGUGUCAAAGGGAAGGAUCAUUGUUGGAGGAACCGAAUUUCAAAGUAGGGCGUUAUAGUGCCGAAGAAAGAAAAGAAAGAAUAUCAAAAUAUAGAGCCAAGAGAAGCCAGAGGAACUUCAACAAAACCAUCAAGUAUGCAUGCCGAAAAACACUAGCCGACAAUCGACCGCGCAUACGUGGCAGAUUCGCACGCAACGACGAGGAGCGCGACAUUAUUCCUAUUCCAAAUCACAAGGCUCCAUGUUCAGCCCGAGAUGAUGAAGACGAAGAAGUCGAUUUCUGGAUUGAAGGGUUGCGGUUGCAUGAAGAGCAGGAGGAUGUAACAGUCAACGCUUAUGGACCUAAUCAGUUUCAGUACUUUCGUUUCUAACAGCAGAGUUCUGUUGUUGGUGGUAAUUAAAGAAAUUCAUUUUUAAGAAACAGAUAACAAAGUCAAAUAUGAAGAAGUUGGGUACUUGGAGGAGGGAGCCCCUAGUUAGUUUAUAGUUAAGUUAUUCUUGGCCCCUAUUUUCUCUCUGUUUUCCUUUUUUUUCUUCCAGGUUAUGAUUGAUUGUCGCCAAUUAGAAAAUAGAUAAUAAAUAAUAAUAUCACUUAUGCCAUAAUCAUGA